GGGUGUGAUCGAUAAAGAAACUAAGAAUUCUAAUAAUGAAACAAAAAAUAAUCUUUGAAACGAAAAAGUUUAAUGCAUUUUUUGAAAAUUAAACAGUUUACAAACGAUAAAUUAUUUAAAUCUUUCGAACGUGAAACUCGAUAACGAGUUGAUCUAGUUCAGCCUUGCAAAUUAUGAACGGGUGUUUUGUUUACAAUUGGGUUGCGGUCUUGUUGCUAGCGGCUUGAAAAUAGUGUCUCUGUCUAUAGUUUGCUUCAUUCUUUUAUAAUUCAAUUUAUAUUUGCUUAAAAUGUCACUUUUUAUGAGAAUUGGCUCUACUUUUGUAAAGCAAGCAUCAUAUUUGAAAUCGACACCUAAAAUUUGUAUUUUUAAUGCAAGAGGUUUUUCUGCAGCGGCUAACUAUGAAUUUAUAAAAGUUGAGAAGACUGGUGAAAAGAAGAAUAUUGGUCUUAUCACUCUGAAUCGCAAGAAAGCCCUGAAUGCUCUUUGUGAUCCUUUAAUGCAGGAAAUCGCUACUGCUCUCGACACUUUAGAAGGUGACAAAGAAAUUGGAGCAAUAGUUAUAACUGGAAGUGAACGUGCAUUUGCUGCUGGAGCCGAUAUCAAACAAAUGCAGGAUUAUACAUUUGCUCAAGUUGCUUCUGGAAACUUUUUAUCAUCCUGGGACAGAGUGGCCAAUACUAAGAAACCAACCAUCGCUGCCGUGAAUGGAUUUGCAUUAGGUGGAGGCUGUGAAUUAGCAAUGAUGUGUGACAUUAUAUAUGCUGGUGAAAAUGCAAAAUUUGGUCAACCUGAAAUUCUUAUUGGUACAAUACCAGGUGCUGGUGGUACUCAAAGAUUAGUUAAAGCUGUUGGCAAAUCAAAAGCAAUGGAAGUUUGCUUGACCGGAGAUCAGUUUACGGCUCAGGAAGCUGAAAGAUGGGGUUUAGUCAGCAAAGUAUUUCCAACUGAUAAAGUUGUUGAUGAAGCAAUUAAACUGGGAGAGAAAAUUAGUUCUAAUUCAAAAUUGAUUGUAUCUAUUUGUAAAGAAUCUGUAAAUUAUGCUUUUGAAACUACUCUUGCUCAAGGUUUAAAAACUGAAAAGCGAUUGUUUCAUACCACUUUUGCUACAAGUGAUCGCCAGGAAGGAAUGAAUGCAUUUCUUGAAAAACGAAAGCCAAACUUCCAAGAUAAAUAAAUGACUUGGCAAAGACAAAUGACAAGAUUUGAGAUGUUCCUGUUUGUUAAUAUUAAUAAAUAUAUUUUUGUAAGAAUUAUAUUAAAUAGAAUAGCUAUUUUUAA